UGGCGCCUGCAUCUCUCCUUUCACUUCAUUUUGUCGUAUUAAUCCUCUGCACAUCUCUCUUCUAAAGGUGCGAGUAAACAAUGGCACGCUAAAUGUGUUCCUGCUGCACUGAAAACGUUAGAGUACCAGAACAUUAGCUGCCUUCCGAACGAAAUUGCGUAAUUUCGUGCGUAAUUUACAGUGACUUUUCACGAUGGCGAAGAGUGGUUCGUUUCACACACAGCUAACAACCAUCAUGGAUAUAAUGACCAAAACGGCGCUGGCGCAAAUAUGUCGACUAUUUGAAGAGGACUCGGCGGCCGUACGAAGAGAAAUGUCAAGAGUGAUGAGAGAAAAUAAACUAUUGCGCGAUCAAUUGCGUUGCCUGCAAUACGAACUGAUCCGUGUUGUUGGUCAAGGGAAGAAAGGACCACACAAGCGUGCAAAGCUAGAACUACAUCCUACCAUGGGCACACCGACGGGGGAAACAUACCGAGGAGUCGACAAAGACAAUAUGGGUAUUAACCGUGCUCCUUCAAUAAAUGGGAUAUUUGGGAAGGAGUGGUGUAUGAACCUAUGGAACGAUGGGGACGCGCAAGGAUGCACCCCGGCCGAUGCUGAAUCACACAGUGGUUUUGUGGAGGAGUUCAGGGGAGAUGACCAGGAGCAAAUCGAGCAGCUCACCAUCAAAGAGGAGGAGUCGGAAGUCGACAUCAAUGAGCGCAACCAACAAACCUCAGAGGGCUUUAUCAAAGAGGGAGGAAGAUGGGUGUCUGACAGAAGCGAGACAUCCUCUACUGAUAGACACUAUACAGACGUGGUCAGAAGGGGAGGACACUCCGUUUCGGUGGACUCGUCGGAGGACUUUGAGAGCUUCCUGGAGUUGUCGGGAAUGCUUGGGGGUCACAAUCCCGAAUUUAUAUCCUUAGACGGCACUACAGGAGACUACACCAUCCUGCCCCCGCCGGCCGUCUCCCCGACGUACGAUCCACACUGUGAGCCUAUCGAGUACGAGUACGAAGGGAUGGAGGGGGAGACGCAGCUCGUGGCUUUCGAGGGGCUAUCAGAAAUCCCCUCCUCCUCCCUGCCACGUGUCGUGAAGUCGCAGCCUGCCAUCAAAACAGAGAUUGCGGAAAAGUUUGGCUACUUCGACCGGUUCGAGGCACGGCAGCCUCCGAAGAAGAGGAAGUUUCACUGCAAGCUCUGCGGCAAGACGUACGUCAAGUACGACACCCUGAAGACUCACAUGAGGAUCCACAAGAGGGAGAAGUUCUACAGGUGUCGGAUCUGCAAGAGCGUCUUUCCCCAGAAGAACCUUCUCAGAACUCACAAGUGCACCGUCGUCCCGAGCAACAGCAGCAGUAGUAGCAGUAGUAGCAGCAGCAGCAACGACAACAACAACAAAGACAAAAACAAACAGAAAGACAAAAUAAAAAAAGAGAAAGACAAAGAGACUGUCAGAACCAUGCAAAACAACACUGUCCAGAAUGACAGCAAAGACAAAAACAAACAGAAAAACAAAAUAAAAAAAGAGAAAGACAAAGAGACUGUCAGAGCGAUGCCCAACAACACUGUCCAGAGCGACGACAAAGACCAUGUGCGAAAAUACAUCGUCCAGCAGCAGAACAGCAAAGCCAAGGGCAAGAACAGCUGCGAGUACUGUGGCCGCUGCUUCACCACCAACACCAACCUGAGGGUUCACUACGCCGUGCACACGGGCGAACGGCCGCACAAGUGUGACAUCUGUGGCAAGACGUUCACCCAGAAAGGCAACAUGAACAUCCACAGGCGCAUUCACACCGGCGAGAAGCCCUUUGUCUGCCCCGUCUGCCACAAGUGCUUCUCCCAGAAGAUCAACCUGCGCCAGCACGUGGUCACUCACGGCCAGAAGUACGCCCUCAAGAAGGGCAAAAGGUACGUCAUCAAGAAGGAGGAGCAGAAGGAAACUGCUAUAAAUGAUGACUGACCUUGCCUGUGUUUUUUUGCCGUUAUUUGUCCAUAACUUUUAGUUUUUUUUACUUAAACUCAAACUGUUAUCCAUUUGCACGUGUCAUAUGUUUAGUUUUUUUUAUCAUUCUGUCAUUCAAUGCAGUUACAUGCACAGAUUAUUCUGAUUUGAAACGGAAUAUUGUCACUAUUUAGUUCAAAACAAGUUCCAGAAUAUUCAGUUUACAUGUGUGUAACAGCGUUCUGUAUAGGGGUGUAAAUCACAGCCUUCAUGACGAUACGAUACGGUAUUGAUUUCUUAAAGCAGGAAUUCGAUUAUUUUCGAUACUUCAGAAUUCCCCACGAUACGAUGUGAUUCGAUUCGAUUUUUUCCAAUUACUUUUCCACUACUAUUGUGUUAUGGAGCUAGGGCAUUGCACAGGGGCCAGUGAUUCGAUUCUUCACGAUCUGAUGCGAUUCGAUUAAAUGGUCGGCUGAUACUUCGAUGCAUCGAUACAUUUCGAUUUUAUUCACACCCCUAGUUCUGUAACUGGAAUAUCAUCCCAACAUGGCGACGUUCAGAAUGAAGAGUUUACACCACUCUUGCGCAAACCGAAUACUGCCACUAUCUCGUUUAAAAUCGGAAUAUUGCUCACAUGUAACCGCGCUGAUUGUUUGUGGAGAGCCAUUUCUCUGUCACAAGCAUUACUAUGUUGAGUAAAUGGGUUACAUGAAAACCUGUACAUAGGAAAAUAUGUAUAUAGCUACACCUGCUUGCAAAAGUAUUCACAGCCCCACCAAGACUGAGGUUAAUCUUGUGUAGCAUGGAUCAAUGAAACUAAGGUCAUGAUUCAAUCAUUUGAAGAGUGAAAUGUGUGAUAGAAUGUUCCAUGUGUCAUCUACAACCAUUUUAACAAUUUGCUCUUUUUUGAUUAGUCACACAAUCAGCUAGUGAAAGGUUUGGCAUUGCAAAUCAUUAGUUUUAAAAGGAUUUCUACUAUACACUCCCUUUUAAACAAAAAUGCCUUCUGGAAUACAGUGAGGCAGAAACAUCACUUGAUACCAAUAGUUUUGUCAAUGGGAUUUUUAGACUUCUGUGAAGGUUUGAAAAUAGGGAUGGAUUUUAUAUGAAGAGGUGGAAUACUUUUGUAGGCCUCUACAUACUGACAAAGACAGCUGUGGCAUGGCAUACUUUCUGUGAAAUUCAUGGCAUCUCGGCAAACUCUUUUGUUAGCAUUUAUUGUCUGCAGUUAUAAAUGCCGUUUCAAUGUUUUUGUGUAAUAAACUGACAUAAUAGUUAAACGUGUACAAACUUGUUUGACGUCCUUGUCUGUAUCUUGUGUGAAUGAAAUGCAGGCUCCAGAAAGAUACUGCAGCCAUAGGGUCACUGCUUACAGUACAGGCAUCAUGCGUGACUCCAUUCAAGGG